AUGGCGCUCUCGAAACACAUUGAUGCUGAAGCGCUCAUCGAGGCUGCACGCAAGCACCCGCACCACAAGAUACUGGAGCGUCACCACCGCGAGAUCCAUGAGGGCGUAUAUGCGUCCAGGUUCGAUGCUGAUGCUGAGGUGCCCAAGUACAAGAUGCCACAAGUGGGAGUGAGCUCCAAAGCGGCAUACCAGCUCAUUCACGAUGAGAUGAAUCUGGAUGGCUCUCCCUUGCUCAACUUUGCUUCUUUCGUCCACACGUGGAUGCCUGAAGAAGCCACCAAACUGAUGAUGGAGAACAUCAACAAGAACUUCGCGGAUCAAGACGAGUAUCCGGCUACACAGGUGAUCCAUACGCGCUGCAUUUCAAUGCUUGGCGACCUCUGGCAUGCCCCGAAGGGACAGGCGAUCGGCACUGCUACGACCGGAAGUUCUGAGGCGAUCAUGCUCGGAGGAAUGGCGCUUAAGAAGCGCUGGCAGAAUAAGAGGAAAGCGGAGGGGAAGAGUGCGGAGAAGCCUAACAUUGUAUUUGGGGCCAAUGCCCAGGUUGCUUUGGAGAAGUUCGCCAGGUACUGGGAAGUGGAGGCGCGCCUGGUGCCGGUGACGGAGAAGAGCAACUACUGCAUGGACCCGCACGACGCGAUAAAGUUUGUCGACGAGAACACCAUCGGUGUGAUGGUUAUCCUUGGCAGCACAUAUACGGGCCACUUCGAACCUGUCUCUGUGAUGGCCGAACUCCUGGACGAGUACCAGAAGGAGACCGGAGUCGAUGUUCCUAUUCAUGUCGACGCUGCCUCUGGCGGGUUCGUCGCACCUUUCGCGUACCCCAACUAUAAGUGGUCCUUCGAUAUUCACCGCGUCGCUUCCAUCAACACCUCUGGGCACAAAUAUGGCCUUGUAUAUGCUGGUCUCGGCUGGAUUGUCUUCCGAAACGCGGACAUGCUGCCAAAAGAGCUUAUCUUCGAGCUUCACUACUUGGGAAGCACAGAAUAUACUUACACUCUAAAUUUCUCUCGGCCUGCGGCCCCCAUCCUCGGUCAAUACUUCAACUUCCUCAACCUAGGCUUCGAAGGUUAUCGCAGGAUCGUCAUCGCGGACCUGAAGAAUGCCCGUAUCCUUUCGAACGCCUUGGAGUUGUCCGGGUAUUACAAGGUACUCAGCAACAUCCACAUACCUGCUCCAAAGACAGCAAGUGGUGUGAUCGGCGUGGCACACAAAGCUGUUGGCGCUGUUCCUGAUCUCGAAGACCCGGAGAGCUACGUGAAAGGCCUUCCGGUCGUGUCGUUCCGUUUCACCGACGAGUUCAAAGAACAGUAUCCCUAUAUCCAGCAAAGUUGGAUACAGACCCUGCUCCGUAACAAGGGAUGGAUUGUACCGAAUUACAAUCUGCCACCGAGCUUGGAGGACGUCGAGAUCCUCCGCAUUGUGGUAAGGGAAAGCGUCUCUGGCGACCUUAUCGAGCGUGUCGUAGCGGAUCUUAUGGAGAUCACCGAAGCGCUCAUGAAAAAUCCAGAUGUGCCCAUGCUCAUGGCAACUUUCACAGGUCAGCCUUCCUUGAGGGACGAAGCCCACCAUGGUCGGUUGAAAAAAGAGGACGUGGGCAGUGGGAACACCCACACUUAUGCCAGGCAGUGUUAGGUGUAAGUUACUUGACCGUUGGAUGAGAUGAUUCAGCGAUCCCUCCUCAUGAAGUGUACUAUGUGUGAAGUUACGAAUCAGACUGGCUGUAUGCG